AUUAAUAUCAAGAAAGUUCAGUAAAAUGAUGUUACUAAAUAACAUAAUGUAAUUUUCUAUACAUGUCAUGUUAUACAUGCCAUAUUUUAAAAUAUUAACGAAAAGCUAUACAUUUAUGUAAAUUAAAUAUAAUUACUCUGAAUACAAUGUAGCAUUAAGGAAACUAGAUCAUACAAUGAAUGUUUUAAAAUUGAAAAAUGAAAUAUUAUUAUAUUUGUCGUUUUAUUUAUACUAUCCUGUUUUCUAAAAGAAAAGAAGUAGAAAUGAAAUUAGGUUUAUUAUAUACAUAAAACAGUUAAAAGGUUAUGUCAAAAUGAAUAACGGAGAACAAUCUAAACAUUUCCAAUAGAAAUAGUCGAAAUCAUGUAAAAAUAUGUUUUCGUAAAUUAUCAUUUAAAAUUAGUUAACACUUAAAGUGGACAUAGAUUGUUUGUAUAUCGAAUUCAUAAUGAUAAUACAAUGAAUUCAAAGAUUUUUCGCAUGAGAAACUGUUCGUGUGUGCAGUGUCCGCCAUUUUGCUUUCUUUACAUCUGACAUGUCUUUCUAAUGUUAUUAUCGAUGAAUGCUAAAAUUUGUGCGUGAAUCUUCAAUCUCGUUGGAGUGUAUUUUGUACGAAAAAGGUCGGAUUGCUUCUGAUUGGGCAACAACCUCCAUUACUGUUGGGAGUAAUUUCCAUUGUCCCAACCUCGGUUAAACUAAACGAAACGAGUUCAUAAAGAGGAUUUCGUGAUAGUAUUUGUGAAUAGUUUACCCUUGUUAUAGGGUAUAAAUAUGCUGCAAGAUUCAUCUUAUGAGUUUUUCUGAUUAUAUUACUGAAACUUGAUUAUAGUAUUUUGCAAAGUGUCUUAUUGCCUAUAUAAGGAGUGAACAUAACCAAACAGUGUUGAUAUCCAACAUCAUGUACUCAUGUCAACACUAGAAAUAAAAUGUUUGUUAAUAUGGCUUUGAAUUGUCAAAGUUUGUCAGAACUUUUAGAAUUCACAUUCAAUGCUUUAAUAUUUCAUGUAAUGAAAUUGUUUGAAAAUGUAUAGGGUAUAUUUAGUGUGAAUUGCUAUGCGAGGCAAGGAUUGUUUUUAUCCUGAUCUAGCCAUGGACUAAGUUCACGCUUAUUGUUUGAACCAGGUGACUUUAGUAAUCAUCUGAUACAUAUAUGUACAGGAAUAUGUGAAUUGAAAUUUAUACUUAUGGUGAUAUGUAGCUUUAAUUGAUCUAGAUAUUAUUGACUACUAAAGUAUUAUUUGCACUUUUAAAACACAAAAUAAAUUUUAUUGUCAUUUAACUAUACAAGAUUUUUUGUAAAAUUCCACUAUAAAAUUUGAUACUAAAUAAUAGGUAAUCAGUUUUAACGUUUCUAUCAAAGCAUAACCCAUGACAAAACUAAGUUUUGUACAUAUGCAGAUAUAUGUAUAUAAGUUGGUAUUAUGAAUUCAGAAAUAUUUAUGUAUGGACUUGGAUCUAGGCACAUGGCUUGAACUAAGUUUUAUCUAGAUAGAAAGGAAGAUUUAGAGGAUUUGAGAAUGCAGGUGGAACAAGAUACGAGGAAAGCGGUAAUCAAUGAAGGUCCCUAUAUCCGAAAACUCAAACAUGGACAAUAAAUUGAAGUUUUCGGAUCGGUUGAAGGCUUUGCUGAAAACUGAGGCUCGUCAAGAUGUCGAUCCAUAUAUUUUCAGUGAACCAGAGCCAUUUGGUACAGCGACAGGAAGAAAUGUUUCAGUAGUGUCGUCUAAAAAUUCUAAAGUAAUGCAAAAUUGCAAAAAUAGUAAGACUAAAGAAAAAUGUAUGAAACAAAGAAUAAGGAUAACAUCCGUACCAGAUGCGGAAUUCAAAGCUGUACAAGACCGUGCUGUAGAAUUAGAUGCUGAUUGUAGUGUUGGUGGUGGUGGCAGUGGUAGUGGUGAUGGUGAACAUAUAGAUUAUAAAUUUGCGAAAGCAAUUCAACAGAAGCAGCGUCAUAUUGAAAAUUUACAAAGACUAAAAAAUAGAAAGCAAAGUCGGGACCAUACACUAUUGUAUUAUCCUAGAGCUGGGGAUGAAAUAUCAGAUAGUGAUUCUAGUGGAGAUGAAAUGACAAUUUAUCAACGUUAUUGGUUUUCUGGAGAAAGCACUUCAACAUUGAAUCGUUCUGCACGCCUUUCUCAAUUGCGUUCCCAACUAAGAAGAAGAUUACUUCAGUUACAUAAAGGUGGGACAGACUCAGAAAUUUUGUUACGUGAUAGAGCUAGAUGUCUACUAGAAGCUGCUUGCAAGGAUCCUGCAUCUACAGCAAGAGCUUUAAGUGGUUCUCCAAAUACAAGUAAAGUGGUUGACGGGCCACUUCUAGUUGGUGGGCUUUGUGGAGCUGAAGGAUGUCAACAAAUAUCUUUGCCCUGUACUCGCCAUUGUUCUCGUCAUAUUAUGUUGAAUGGAGAUCAACUUUUAUUUGAACAUUGCACUGCCAAAUUUAGUGAUAAUACACAAUGUUGUAUUCCUGUGUUUGAUGUUGCACAUGAAUUACCUCUUUGUCCAGAACAUGCAAGGAAAAGAGAUAAUUAUCAUCGUAAAGCCCAAGAGUCUAAACCAAAGAAAGCUCGUAAAAAACCAACAUCUCCUACAAUUCCCAGGCCUAAACCAAAAUCUAGGCCAAAGAAACGAAAGCGGCCUCUUGCAAGUAAACUUGAGAUUAAAGAUCCUACUCUAGUACAUGAAGAGAAUCAAUAUUUGAAUCAAAUAAACUCUAGUGAAAAUCAGACAAAAACUUUGAAUAAUUUGAAUACUGUAGCACAAGGAACUUCAAAUUCUGCUAACUUAAAUUUAGGAUUAGGACUUGGUCUUGGAGGAGGACUCAAAGAUUUGGGAGAUCAUGAAGUGUUUCCUUCUUUGGAUCCUGCAGAGCAUGAUUUUGGCAAUGUGCUCAACAACUUACCUGCUGAUGCUUUUAAUGACCUCUUUAUUGAAGGCAGAAAUGGGGAAUAUGAACCAUCAAGAGAAGAAGAAGAAGAAUUGGAGCGAGCAUUAGAGGCAGUGGAUAAGGAUGUACGGAAUUUGGAGAGAAUGGGGCAAACACAUGGACUUUUAGAGCCAGCUUUAUUGGCUCAACUUAUGUCAGAUAUUGCUUCGUAGCCCCGCCUAUUUUAGUAAUAUAAUAAUUUGAAAACGAGUUCACGUGUGUUCCUUACAAUAUAGAAAAAAAUACUGUUUGUGUAUGUGCUGCUAAAUGUAAGAUUGUGUUAUUGACUUUCGUUAUAUAACUAUAAAAAUCCGAGAUAAUGGCAGGGAUUGACAUACAGAAAGUAACAACAAAUAGUUAACUAUUACUAAUUUAAUAUAAAUUUCAUUGGGUACAAUUACAUCAUAUAGUUAGAUUCCCAUAAAAAGGAAGAAAAGAGAUCGUAUUUCUUAUAAAUUCUACAAAUUCCAUCCUUGCUAAAAAAGUAAUCACGAAAAAAUUGUAAAAUCAUCUUGUUCUUUUAUACAUUUGCGAAUUAUUUUGAAUACAAUUUAAAAGUUCAGUUACAGUGUUGUAGCUAUAAUGGUAUAGCAAUAAAUACUUUUUGCUUAUGAAAGAUACAAAAGUCAAAAGAAACAAACAGUCCUACAAAGUAAUUCUACUAUAUUUGAAUUUUUCAGGGCACAUAAAUUUAUUUUUACAUAUUGCUUUCUUCACUAUUAAUGAUUUUUAUUUUGUUUUUAAGUACCCUGAUAUAGCUGCAAAUAAUAGUCAUUAAUAUUUUGUAAAAAUAUAAUCAAAUGAUUUUAUAUAACUUCUCUAAGUUGUAUAAAGUUUCUAUUUUAAACAGAGGUAAAGUCUUCUAUUAAAAGUCAGUAUAUUAUUCAGUUCAUUGUAUGUUUUGAUAUGAAUAUAACUUAGGUUUUGUUUAAACAGAAGUUAGAAGUUUUAACAGAUUAUUUUCUACUAAGAAACUUUAUUUAUAAAAUAGAAUUGCAUGAACACAUGACUGAACUUAAAAAAAACUACAUAUACAUAUAAAUGGUCAUAUUCAUUUUUUAUCAUCUGCCUGCUGUAAUAAUAUAUGCGAAUAAUCGCAAAUAAUCUUAUUGAUAUAUGCAUAAUCAUCACUAUCAUCAUUUUCUUCAUUUUGUAUUAUAAUCAUAUAGAUAAAUGUUCAGUAAUAGAUAACUGUAACAUAUAAUUAAAGAUUCAAUUUAAUAAGAAGUGCCGAAAUAGUUUCAUUUUUGAUAUCUUUAGUAAUUGUAAUAUGAUUCAAUUUCUUUUGCAGCCUAUAAGAGAAGAUGACACGUGAUAUAUUAUUUUAUUAUUCAGAGUAAAAAUAUAUAAAAUUCAGAUUAAAGAGGGCACAGAUUCUGAGAAAAAAACUAGAUUCCUCUGGUUAAUUAUAAGGACAACUAAAUCAUUUACUGCCAUUUAACAUUUAAAUGAUUACAACGUAGUUAUAGUAUUGACACUAGAGUUAUCUACGUACAUGUAAUAUUUUCAAAUGUACACAAUAUAUUUCAAAUUAUCAUAAUUUUAAUACAUAUCGUAAUCGAAAUUAAAGAAAAGAACUAUGUUGAAUCACUUUGUAGACUAUAAAUAAAUGUCAUUAGAGAGUAAAGCAGCAGAAAAAACAACUUACUUGUGACACUAGAAUUGUACAGAUUUUUGUGAGAUCUAGUUUUUAUUAUCAAAGUUUCUGUGCCAAAUGUACUAGUUAAGAUAUUAAUUUUUGUACGUUACAUGUGCGUGUCAUUAUUCAUAAAUAAUAGGUCGCAAGGAAGUAUAUCUUGAAUAAUAAAUGUUUUAAAUGUAAACCAAUGCGAAUGGACAGUAAUUUGCCAUUUGUAUAUGGACAGAAAUACAAUAUAAUUUACAAUUUAACCCAUAUUGGGAUUAAAUUAAUGUCGUAUAUAUAUUGUUAUUAUAUAUAAUGGUAGUAAGUAGGUACAGUUAUUAUUUAUAUAAGGACAAUGCAAGAUUUAAUCUUAAAAGAAUGCAUUGCUUCAAAUGUACCUAUAUAUGUAUCUCCUUGUAAAAUAUCAGCAUUAGUACGCAUUAUUAGGCAUUACCAAUUAUAAUAAGCAUAUUUUUUACA